CGGGGGUUACCGGAAGCUGUAGAGCAUGAAUAAUUCGAUGCCUCCUUCCUUUUUACUCUUUUAAGAACUCGACGCGUCAAAAGACUCAUCUGUUGCAUAUUUCCCAUCGAGGCCAGUGGGCGAGGAGGAAGACCUUGCGAGCAGGUUUUCAUACGGCGCGGCGAGAGCAAGAAAGGCGGCCAACACGUCUUGUUUCCCAAGUCCGCCCCCUGCCCUCAUGACGACCAUCGCCAUGGACCGAAUUGGCCGCCUCUUCAUCAGCCUGCAGCAGAUCAAGCAGGUCCCUCGCAUGCUCGCCGAGGCGGCGCCGUCCGCGCCGAACACAAUGCGAGACACCGAGGUCCCUCAAUUCUUCAGGGAGCGCUUCGUCCGCACGGGCUACCGUCCCCUCCAUCAGCGGUGGCGCUACUACUUCCUGUCCGCCUUCCGGCGCCACAACGAGACGGUCAACAUCUGGACUCACCUGCUGGCGCUCUUGGUCCUGUUGGUGAAGCUGAGACAAGCGGCGGAGAUGGUGGACUUCGCCGGGGACCGUCACUCCUGGCCUCUGUUGGUCCUCAUCGUGUCGGCCAUCAACUACACGGCGUGCAGCGUGGUGGCUCACCUGCUGGGCAGUAAGUCGGAGCUGUGUCACUACACCUUCUUCUUCUUUGACUACGUGGGCGUGGCGCAGUACCAGUACGGGAGUGUGGUGGUGCACUAUUACUACGCCGUGGAGGAAGACUUCUACUCACGAGUGUGCCGCGUCUUCAUCCCUGUGGCGGUGCUUCUCAGCUGGUGCUCGUGUUUAGGCUGCUGCUACGGUAAAUAUCGGAACCACUCGCUGCCAACUUGGGUGCGUAAAGUCGGCCAGGUGACGCCCUCUUCCCUGGCCUACAUGUGGGACAUCAGCCCCGUCCUGCACAGACUCCUCUCCACGCCCGCGGGCCAGGACGACCCGGCCGCCGUCUACCACCUCGGCCACAUCGGCUUCUUCAUCAGCUGUGCCUUCUUCUUCGCCUUCCCCGUGCUGGAGCGCAUCUUACCCGGCCGCUGCGACAUCCUGGGGCAGAGCCAUCAGCUCUUCCACGUGCUGCUGUCCUGCUGCACCAUGUUCCAGAUCCACGCCGCCCACCUGGACUACGUGGGCCGCAGGGAGGUGUAUGAGCGGCUGCACGGGAGCGGCGACGCCGCCUUGCUGGCGGGCGUCUACGUGCUCACCUUGCUCGUGUGCCUCCUCAUCGCCGCUGUCAUGCUGUGGAAGGUCAAACGCUUGCUUGACCGCCAGGCCAAGCUGAAAUGAAAGUGGAGCAACAUUGUAGUUUUUCAAUGGUACUACUGUACAAUCAUUAGGUGCACCUGCACUAUCUAUUAAGGUCCAAACCAGAAAUUGUCUUCCUUUUCCUUUGAGCGCAUCUCACAGUUGCCAUAGCGACACUCACCUAGUGGUGUGUUGCAGAAAUCUUUCCAUUUCUGCUUCUAUGGUCAUCAUCACCUUUCAAACUUGGCACCCCCAAGUAUUGUUUGUUUUGCCAGGAAAUUUUGGUUGAAAUCCACACCAAAAUAUCGCAAACUUACCGAUGCAGCUCUCCCGGGCGCGGCCACCGCUGCUGCUCACUGCUCCCCUCACCUGACCAGGGGGUGAUCAAGGGUGAUGGGUCAAAUACAGAGAAUAAUUUUGCCAGAACUCGUGUGUGUGAAUGUGUGUGUGUGUGUGACAAUCAUUGGUACUUUAACUAUAUUGGAUCUUAGAUGUGCCUAAUACUCUGGCUGCCUUGUGUAUUUCCUACUGACCAGUACUUUAUAUUACUUGGAAUUAUUUAAAUGAACUCGGACCAGAAUUGUCAGACUGUAGAUGCUAGUAACAUUACUUCUAAUUUAAGCCAUGGUACAAUAUUUAGAAUUCUAAUAUGCAUAUUAAAUUAUCUGGAGGGGAUUUUGUUUAUUUUUUAAAGCUGUAGUGUUUUAAUGUGCCCUUUUGAAUGGGGACAAUUCUAUGCCAUAAUGUGCCUUUUUAUGGAGGUUAAUUUGUGUCCUUAUUACACAAGCUUCUUUUUUUUGACACAGAAUUUAUGUAACUGAUUUUUUUUGCGUUUUGAAUUUGUGAACUGAUUUUUGUUUGUUUUUUUACAUCUAAUUAUGCUUACAUUGAAAAAUAAUUUGUGAGCAAAAUAUGUGUUUAAAAAUGUGGCUCGUCAAACUACAGGGUUUUAAAAUUCAGUACAGAAAAUGUGUUGCUUCGAAACUCAAGACUCACUUCCGGUAAAUUAAGACUGAAGCAAUCGAUCCUGUCUUAGAACCAGCCAAUUAGGUGCUUCCGUCUUAAUUUACCUGAAGAGAGUCUUGAGUUUUGAAGCUGAAUUUUUAUACAAUUAUUUUUUUACACUGAAUUUGAAAACACACAAAUUUAAACGCAACAAAUUCAGUUAAAUGUCCCCCCCCAAAAAAGCUCUUGUAAUCAAGACAAACAAUUACCUCCUUACUAUUUAAAUGGGGACGAUUCUGUGCCAUACUCUUUUAAUGUGCAUUUUUAUGGUGAUGAAUUUGUGUCAUUCAUUUUCACACUGAAUUUAUGAAACAGAAUUUUUUGUGUUUGAGUUUUGUGAACUGAAUUUUUUUUUACAUCACAUCAUGCUUACAAUGAAAAAACAUUUGUGAGCAAAAUCUGUGUUUAAAAAUUCAGUUAGUUUACAUAUAUUGUUUUAAAAAUUUAAUAAAAAUUCAAAGCAGAAAAAUGUCAAAACUCAAGAUGUCAAAACUCACUUCAGGUAAAUUAAGACUGAAGCAAUCGAUCCUGACUUAGAACCAGCCAAUAAGGUGCUUCCGUCUUAAUUUACCUGAAGUAAGUUUUGAGUUUUGAAGAAACAAGGUUUUUUUUUACUAAAAUUUUAUACACAAAGAGCGUCCAAACUUUUUUCACCGAGUGCUGCACACUGGAAAUGAAAGCAUGCAUGGUCCAUUUUGAUAUUUUUCAUUUUCAAAACCAACAAUGUGAUAUAACCCUUAGGGCUUUCCUUAAUUCUGGUGUGUUAAAGGUCCUGGGUACCCAAAAUAGUUUCAGCCAUUGAAGUAAAAAUAAGUCAUAUAUUAUUAUUAUUUUUUUUUACUUUCGAUGUUUAAAUAUCUAUUGCUCAACUUCAGAUUUGUCCAUUGACAUAAAGUUUAACAGGAAAAACACAAAAUGUGCAAUGUUUUACCAACAAAAAUGAUCAAUGUGGAAUAUUUGAGUUAUUCAAUUAUUAAUUCAGUGCUUUCAAUUCAUUAUUAUUUUUUGAGCAAUGACAGUUUAAAAAAAAACAGACUUAAGCUCCCAGGGAUCUAAAAGGCCCCCACUCAUAAAAGUGUUAAAAACAAGUCAUACACCAAUGUAUGUUAUUUUUACUUUCAACUUUCUCUAGAUCAACUUUAGAUCUAUCCGUCAAUUACAGGUUUUUAUUAUUUUUUGAGCAAUGAGAGUUUUAAAAAACCUGCCUGCAAGGCAGCUUUGUGUUAUGUCAAUAUUGCAACAAUUUCUCAUUACAUUACACCAGUUUGCGCUUUUAUUCCACGUUUUAAUGGGUUUUUUUCGUAAUAUUUUUAAAAUGGGCCGCACUUUGGACACCCGUUAUGCACUGAUUUUUAUUUUAUUUUUUACACACUGAAUUUUGAAACAAAUUUUGCUGAGACAAUUUUAUUCAAUAAAAUUGUCAGCAUAAUUUACACAUUUUAUUUGGAAAAUCCAAACACAAACAAUGCAGUUACAUAAAUCCAAUGUUAAAAACAACGUUCACAUAGAAACACAAAUUAACCUCCAUACUUUUUAAAUGGGGAAAAUGUGCCAUGCAAAUGUUGCAACUUGGUUUAUUGCGAUACAAUCUGUUCUACUGCUGGCAUAAUUAAGGAACUUUUUUCCAGUAUGUUUGAUCCUUGAUAGUCUAUACAGCCCAAAUGAAGGUGUAUUUUGCCAACAUGUAAAACAGCUGAACCAUGUCGAGUUUCUUUUUGUUUGUGUUGCGUUAAAACUCGACAGUAUUAUAUUUUAUCAUCAUUUAAGGUUAAUUCUCAUGACACUGCAGUAUGGGGCUGUGCAAUAAGGCGACAUAAAAUAAUGUUAUGCUAUUAUAGUCAGUGCAGAGUGCAGUGCUCACAUUGGGGAAUGGGAUUGGCUGUCUCACACUGCUUGUUUGGUCUCCAUAGCAACCUUUUAAAGCAGUGUUCAGCUGCAGGACCCCAAUCUGCAUAUUGAUGUACUAUCGUGUUUCUGUGAUUAGCACUAAUGUGGGAAUGUGUGCCUUUUUCACAGAGUGCCCCUGAGCAAGGACACUUAAUCAGGAGGAAGACAAAAUGUUUGUUUUUUUAAUCUUGUUUACAAGUCAUGCAAAGGGAGUGUAUGUGAUGAUAAAGGUGAUGCUUUGUAAGUAUUGUAACGAUUGACACUUUCUAUAAUUUUUUUUUGUCCGCAAAGAUGCCUGAAAUAAAAAUGAUUAAUGAAGGUAUCAAUGUGUGUUAAAGUUAAGAUGUUUGUUUGCCACACUGGGCGACCAACUGUGCCUUUCUGUCGCCCCCUAGUGGCGGUGCUGUUCACUACACGGUACAUUUGACGUAAAUAAACGUUCAGUUCAGUUUCAGUUUAUUGCGAACAUGCAUACUAUACAAUGUAAUGCAUCAGAUAUUUCCAGUUGUUUCAUUUACAGCACGUCCGAAAAGGAGUAGGAAGAAGCUGAGCUUAUUAAAUCCUGCCCCUUUUCAUACCACACCAAUUGUAUCCCAUUUUCUGUAACAUAACAUCCAUCCAUCCAUCCAUCCAUUUUCUACCGCUUAUUCCCUGUAACAUAACAG